AUGACCAGGGUCUACGAUAUCGUCCGAACUUUUCUGCGUCUUCAACUCUUCAAGUUGUGCUCAACCAUCCUCCCGCCAUUCGUUUUUGAAUUCUUGGACUUGAGCGCACAUCAUCCCCAGGAAACAGCAUCAGGGGAGACGCAUAAUCCAACCAACGAGGUCGACUUCUCAAUCGAUGCGUUCAAAGCCGUCUCUGACGAGAUCCCACCCGAAGAGGUGGCAAAGGCGGCGCGGGAGGCAUUUGGAGACGCGCUUCCGGAUGAUACCCUCAAUGGCGAGCAGCUACGUGCAUACGAGAGGCUAUAUGGCGCCGCUCCGGUUCUGAAGGUUCCGAUUCAUGAGGACCAGAGCGGGAUCCAAACUCUGCUCCGAGACUCCGCCAAGGGAAUGGAGGAAAUCGGGGAGAUGGAAUACCCCACACGAAGCAUGGGCCGGAACGAGAGAUUUCAUGAGCACGAUGAUUUUGAAAGGGAAAACAUGAAGUCCUCGGCUGGUACAAAGGCCCAAGAUGACUCCGACCUAGUGUUCGACGAAUUCUACGAAGAUGAAGACGCGUCUGAGUUGUCCAGGGCCGAAAUCCACGAGUCUCUCCCCGAAGAAGAAUGGCCCGAGGACGAUCAGGUCAUCCGCGAACACCCCCUCACCACCGCCGGCAAGUCCGGAACCUUCCCAUCCACGAUCUUUAUGCCGAAAUCCAUCACCGAGCAGAUUUCCGGGUCGAUGUCCGACAUCCACCCCAAGCACCUCCGACAAGCGGCGGAAAAGACGUUCGGUGGCGUGGGGCUGCCGUAUUCGCCCUCGACGCCGCGGGUUGCCAUGUCGAUGGAGCAACAACCGGUGGCGCUGAGCGUGAGGGACAAGACCAUGUCCGACACGGAAGCCAACGUGUUUCUGGCCGGGCAAUUCCCGCAAACUUACAGCGCGGUGACUAGCUCCCUGGUGGAGGUCCGGAAACGACUCGGCACCGAGUGGAUACAAGGCCUCCUUGAGAAAAAAGGUGGUCCGAGGAUUCUGGAUGCGGGCGGGGCCGGAGCGGGAGUCAUGGCGUGGCGAGAGAUCUUGAAAGCGGAAUGGGAGAGUAUGCACCCGGACCAAGAACCGACCGCGAUGCCUGAGGAGAAGCUCGGCCGAGGGUCGGUGAUCUGCGCGUCCGACUCACUAAGGGCGCACGUCCGGAAAUUCCUGAGCAACACGAGCUUCCUCCCGCGGAUUCCCAACACCGACGUGGAGUCGAAAGGUGGAAAGACGUCGCAGGUAUACGAUGUCAUCGUCGCUCCGUACGUGCUCUGGGGCCUUGAACGGAACGACAUGCGUCGGUUCUACACCGAGAACUUCUGGCACCUACUAAACCCCAAUGGCGGCGUCCUCGUCCUCCUCGAGAAGGGCACGCCCCGCGGCUUCGAGAUCAUCGCCGGGGCGCGCGACCUCCUCCUCGAACAUCACAUCUCCUCCCCCGGCGAGGAAGUCCGCGUGCCACGGCUCAGCAACGGGACUCUUGGCCCCGCCAAAGGGAAAGAAACCGGCAUGAUCAUUGCCCCGUGCACGAACCACACGAAGUGCCCGCUAUACCCCACGGCGGGCCGCUCGGCCCACCGCAAGGACAAGUGCUAUUUCACGCAGCGGUACAUCCGCCCGCCGUUCCUGCAAAAGCUCCUCGGCGCCACGAUGCGCAACCACGACCACGUGGAGUUCAGCUAUCUGGCCGUCAUGCGCGGUCGCGAUCACCGGUUGCCGGAGCACGAUCCGCGGGGGUUGGGGUUCCAGCAGGGGGAGCGGGCGACGCACGCUGCGUGGUAUGGGCACCACCUCGGCGUCGAUGCGCACAACCUCCCGGCCAUCUCCUCCGACUCUUUACCGUCUGAUUCUACCACGUCCUCCACCCCUCCCCUCCCACCCCACCCCCUCACCCUCCCCCGCCUCAUCCUCCCCCCUCUCAAACCCAAAGGCCACAUCAUCCUCGACGUCUGCACGCCCUCGGGCACCGCAGAACGCUGGGUCGUCGCACGCUCGAUGGCGCGCAGCCGCAUCGGGGCGGACGCGGAGGUCGAGGAACGGGCGGCGGGGCGGCAGGCGCAGCGGGACGCGCGGAAGGCUGGAUGGGGGGAUCUGUGGGCGCUGGGGGCGAAGUCGAGGGUGGAGAAGAAUUUGAAGUUAGGGAGUAAUACCGAGAGCGGUAGUCAGUGA